CGCAUUCCCACAGGCAGCCGUGCUAGGUCGAGUAACGAAGCUAGCUAGCAUCUUCCAACCAACCACCACAAGCAAUCCACCACCACCACCACAAGCAACCAUGAGGAACAUUGUCCAGCUCUCGCGCGCGCUGCGCCUCCCGUCGUCGACACGCGCACUCGCCACCAGCGCGACCACCCGCGGCAAAACGUACGAGCGCAAGUACGAGGUCGACCCCGGAUGGGACCGCAAGGACGCGACGGCGUCCGAGGCCGACGUCAAGGCCGACAACGACCCCGCGCUGCCUGCCAAGCCUGAUGCUGCGCUGCAGGCUGAGACUGCUUGGGAACUCACGCGCGCCCGCGAGCUCCAGCACGAGAAGGACGCCAUCAAGGCGCACCCGCAGACCGAGUCCGAGGCCGACGUGCGCGCCGACACCGGCGCGGUCAAGGGCAAGGGCAAGAAGUAGGAUUGAGGGGCGAAAGAAUCAAUGGGCUGUGGCGAGAGUCGUCGACGACGCUGCUAUGCAUCUGUGCCUGCGA